CGGGGAUACCUCUCGGAGCCCGCCUUCUUUGAGCUCUGAUUGGUAGGUAUUGCUGCCCGUCGAGGCGGCUAUCACCGUCAAUUGGACAUCGGCCAGUUUCUCAGUGGAGACCACCGCCCUACAGCUCCAGGCAGCCCCUCGCCUGAAAGCUAGCAGCCUGCGCUCUGUGCGGACAAGGGCGUAGCAGCCGUUAGAGUCGUGGGCUGCCCACCGGUUCGUCAGCGGGACUUCAUUCACUCAGCCUCGCGGGGGCGAUUUUCAAAAGGCUGAAGAUGAUCCUCGAGGAGAGGCCAGACGCCCAGAGCGACGGCGAGGUCAGCGCGCGGCUGCAGGCGGCCGGCAGCGUUCUCAAGGGCUGUGAUCCCCUGACACAGACUCAGCACAGCUGGCUCCAGAGCCAAAGAACCCGGAUCUGUCAGCAGAUCAGCAAGGAGCUGCGGAUGCGGACAGGCGCUGAAAAUCUCUACAGAGCAACCAGCAACAACCAGGUCCGAGAGACGGUCGCCCUGGAGUUGAGCUAUGUCAACUCCAACCUGCAGCUGCUGAAGGAGGAACUGGAGGGGCUCAGCAGCAUGGCAGACAUGGAACAGCCAAAAGGUGAAGGUGUCACUGUCCCUAUGAUCCCCCUGGGCCUGAAGGAGACCAAGGAGCUGGACUGGGCCACAUCCUUGAAGGAACUGAUCUCAGGGCACUUUGGAGAGGACAGCACUGCCUAUGAGGCAGAGAUCAUGGAGCUGGAGAGCCUGCGGCAGGCCAUGCGGACCCCUAGCCGGGAUGAAGCAGGCCUGCAGCUGCUCAAGACCUACUACAGCCAGCUCUGCUUCCUGGACAUGCGCUUUUUCAGCCCUGCUCGGAGCCCUGUGCUGCUCUUCCAGUGGUACGACUCGCUCACGGGGGUCCCAGCACAGCAGCAGGCCCUGGCGUUUGAGAAGGGCAGUGUGCUGUUCAACAUCGGCGCUCUCCACACACAGAUUGGGGCAUGCCAGGACCGCUCCCACCCAGGGGGCGCCCACCAUGCUGCCCAGGCCUUCCAAAAAGCUGCCGGGGCCUUCAACCUCUUGAGGGAGAACUUCUCCCACGCCCCGAGCCCAGACAUGAGUGCCGCCUCUCUCUCCACACUGGAACAACUCAUGGCUGCCCAGGCCCAGGAGUGCAUCUUUGAGGGCCUCUCACUGCCAGCCCCUGCCACGCCCCACAACUGCCUGGCCCAGGAGGCUGCCCAGGUGGCAGCCAAGUACAGGCUUGUGCACCAGGCCAUGGCCCAGCCACCUGUCCGAGACUAUGUGCCCCCAUCCUGGACCACCCUGGUGCACGUCAAGGCCGAGCACUUCUGCGCACUAGCCCACUACCAUGCUGCUGUGGCGCUCUGUGACAGCUCCUCUACAGCUGACGACGAGCUCCCCAGGCAUGAGCAGGUCUUGCAGUCCCCAUACUCCCCUGAGUCCCAAGGUCUCCCACUGCCGCAGCAGCCAGAGGAGCGCAGGAAGCUUGCCAAGGCCCACCUGAAACGCGCCAUACUGGGUCAGGAAGAGGCACUGCGGCUACAUGCUUUGUGCCGUGUCCUGCGCACAGUGGAUCUGCUGCAAGCCGUACUGGCCCAGGCCCUGCAACACUCACUGGCCAAGUACUCAGAGCUUGAGCGUGAGGAUGACUUCUUUGAGGCUGCUGAAGCCCCCGACAUCCAGCCUAAGACCCACCAGAAGCUUGAGGUCAGGCCAUCUAGCCUAUCACAGAUACAAGUGGUUGACAUCUUCCACCGACUGGGUCCCCUGUCGGUAUUCUCAACCAAGAACCGGUGGCAGCUAGUAGGACCCAUCCACAUGACCCGAGGAGAGGGCGGCUUCGGCUUCACACUCCGGGGAGACUCACCUGUCCUCAUCGCUGCUGUGGUUCCUGGGGGCCCGGCUGCAGCAGCUGGCCUGAAGGAGGGGGACUACAUUGUGUCAGUGAACGGGCAGCCAUGCAAGUGGUGGAAGCACGCAGAGGUGGUGGCGCAGCUGAGGGCCGUGGGUGAGGCAGGCGUGAGCCUGCAGGUGGUGUCCCUGCUGCCGAGUCCUGAGCCACGUGGCACGGGGGACCGCCGGCCAGGUCUGCUGGGCCCAGGAGGGCUUCUGAAGAGCCAGAGAGAGUGUGGUUUCCAGACACCAGCCCCCAUGCAUGCCAGCCCCCUCCCCCUCCUUGGCUGGAGCCGCAAAGCCAAGUGGUGCAAGACAGGGGGCCGUUUCCAGCCCAGUGCUGGUGGGGACUCUGGCACCUGCCCCUGAACCAGGAGUGCCCUGUGCCCUCCAGGCACCCAGGAAGCCAUGAGGGCCAGUGCCCACGUGGUUCCAGUGGCCAGGAGUGGCCUGUGUAUUCUGUUCCCCGCCUUGGAUGACCUUCAGGCUGUGCCUGUUGUGCUCAAGUCUGAGAUGUGCAUUAAAGAUUAUGGUUAGGUAA